CCAAAGGUUGAGCACUGGGGAGGAGAGGGGGGGCAGCUCAGCCUUAAUUUUAUUUUAUUUUAUUUUACCUUCUGUUAGGCGCACCGGUUUGUGAAUAAGACAGUCGGACUUAAAUUUGUGCGGUAGAAGUCGGUAAAUGAGUGCAUCUGUUUGAUGUCCCGCUGCAACAUUUUUCUUGUCAAUUUUGGAAAAACCCUAGUUGCACUCAAAUGAUACACUGAAAUUUGGAUAAUUGGACGUUUUGGAAUUAUACUGGAGUCAACAUCUUGAUCAUGUGACCACACUAAUCCAACAUGUUUUGUCUGGGGGACCAUUUUAGACAAGCUUGGUACUCUACAGCUGAUUCAAGGGGAUGUCUGAAGAGGCUGUCCGCCAGACACGCAGCCAGAAGAGGGCGCUGGAGAGGGAGGCUGCUCCACAGUCUGUCGAACACUCCAAUGCUGACAAUGACUGCAAAAAACCUAAACUGGACCAGUCUGAACCUGCAACAGGGACACAAACUAAACCUAAGUCUGACCUUUUACUGGCACAGGACGUUCGGAACCGGACUAGAUCCGGACCAGAACAUGAGAAGGAGCAGGAGCCAGAGCAGAGCCGGCUGCCGUUGUCUUUAGUAUUACCCCUGGCUUCCGAGCCGGUGAAGGAUGAGCAGGAUCGAACUCAAAAACAGCAGACUGUUGAACCCAGCUCAGACAAUCGGACUGACUGCAAUGACAGAGCUAGCAAGACAAAGAUGGAGCCGACUGUGGACGCAAGGAGCCGGGUCCGGCAGACAGAGCCAAAGGCAUCCAGCGGCAUGUUGGCUGCAGGCGAAGUAAAGGCCACUAUAAAAGUUGAAGUUCAGACAGAGCAGCCUGUGGACAUGAGCACCACCAGAGGAGGUAUAAAAAAAGAGAAGCGUCCUCCGUCCCCCGAAGAUGACGAUGUCAUCAUCUUGUCAGAUAAUGACUCUCCCAGUCCACCAAUGAAUGGCCUGAGCCACUUUAAAGAGCUAGACACGGACCUGCUAAUGAAGAGCAGCCCAGCAGAGAGGGAGCGCAUCAUUAAGCAGCUGAAGGAGGAGCUGAGACUGGAAGAGGCCAAGUUGGUCCUGCUGAAGAAACUACGACAGAGCCAAAUACAGAGGGACACUCUGCAGAAGCCCUCAGGUUUAUCCAGUUCCUCUGUUCCUCCUCCUUUAAUUCGAGGAACAAUUGCAAGCAAUAAAGGCUCUCAGCAGAUUUUGACAGGAAGGAGUUCAGGCACAGUAAUUCCACCCCCUCUGGUGAGAGGAGGGCAGCAGGUGUCAUCUAAACAUGGCUCCCAGAUGAUCAUGCCUCCUUUGAUAAGAGGAGCACAGCCCAUCUCUGUUUCUCCACAGCAGAUCCAGGCUCUUCGGCAGCAGCAACAGCAGCAGAUGGCUGCAAGUGGAGGCUCAGGGUCAGGACCACCUCCUCCUAUGUUUGGCCCAAGGACAUCAGUUCCUGCAAGCCAGAGAGGCAUUGUCCAAUCAGGCCUCAUUAGAGUCGGCAGUAGUGCAAACACACUGGGUUCCCCAUCGACUUUGAAAGGAACCUCCUCAGGAAGUGGUGUUUCUGUUGUUGGCAUUAAUGACUCUCCAGCCAGCCGCCAAGCUGCAGCUAAACUCGCCCUGCGCAAACAGCUGGAGAAGACCCUCCUGGAGAUCCCACCACCAAAACCACCUGCCCCAGAGUUUAACUUCCUGCCUUCAGCGGCCAAUAACGAGUUCAUCUACCUGGUGGGACUUGAGGAAGUGGUACAGAAUCUCCUAGAUACUAUCCACAGAGGAAAGACAGGUGUAUCACUGUCCAAACCAGUCAAUAGAGACCCUUUCAUCUGCACCCAGUGCAGUACUGACUUCACUUGCCGCUGGAGGCUGGACAAGACGAAAGGAGGGGCAGUGCUCUGUGAAGACUGCAUGUCAUCCAAUCAGAAAAAGGCACUGAAAACGGAGCAUACCAAUAGGCUGAAAGCUGCAUUUGUCAAAGCACUGCAACAAGAGCAAGAAAUAGAGCAACGUAUUAUUCAGCAAACAUCCUCACCGGUCUCUCACAGUACCUCGUCAUCCUCUUCAUCUGCCUCUUUGUUACUGAAGCCAGAGCAGCUGGUGUCUCAGCAGCUGAAGCAGGCUCACGCUAGAGUGUCCUCCCUCCACCACCACCAAGCCAGUCAGGGAGCCAACAUAGUUCAUCAUCACUCCAUCAAGCAGAGCUCAAAGGGCCACCUGUCCCAUGGUAUCUCAUCCGUUGGGGUGAGAGGCAUCCCCCACUCCUUCUCCUCCUCCUCCCAGCUGCAGAGUGCAGUGGCGGCCGCAGCUUUGGUCAGCCGGCCAGGUAAGCAUGCUCAUGUUUCCCACCGCUCUGUCCAGAGUUCAAAGGUGAGCAGCAGUGGGAUCGGCGGCGGCAGGAAUAUCAGCGGAGGUAGUGCCUCAUCCACUGCAUGGAAGAAGCAGAGCAACAGCAAUACAGGAGUGACCAUGGCCUACGUGAACCCCAGCCUCACGGGUCACAAGACCUCUGCCACCGUGGACGCUCGUCAGAGGGAGUACCUGCUGGACAUGAUCCCCUCUCGCUCGUCAAUUUCGCAGACUGCAAACACAUGGAAAUAAUUGAAAAAACAAUGUACUGCUCUACAGAAGUAGUUUUUGUCCAAGUUCCUCAGCUCCAAUAAUAUGGUCCACAGCACCCCUGCAGGUCUGUUAAGCAAUUACAACCUCUCAAAGUGAAGAAACGUUCCUUAAUUACCUUUGUAUAAUUUUUGUUUUUAUUUUCAUAAUAUCUGUUGUUUCUUUUGAAGUUUGCUGGUCUUUAAUAGUUAUACAGAAACUAUUUUGAUUUGAGUGGGGUAAAGAAAGAAAAAUACUUGAAGGGCUUUCUUUGGGCUUUGUCCUCCAGGCUGACUAGUUAAAUGAUGUGUGACAAGAGGUUCUGUCUUCUGAGUACUAUGAUAUAAGUGAGUACUCUAUUUAGGCUUUUUAGGUAUUUCUGCCGUGAUGUGGGUCAGACGUGCCCAACCUUUUGACACUUGAAUGGUUAUAGUCAUACCCAAGAACUCACAUUCAACAACAAAAAAACAAACAUUUAUUUUAGGUAAAAAAAAAAAAAACAACCAAGUUGUAAAAUUUUCAUUUCACCACCC